AUGUGUGAGAGCUUCAAUCAAUACAUUAAGGAUGCUAGGGAAGAGCCUAUUUUGACUAUGUUUGAGGCCAUUCGAAGACAGAUUAUGUGCAGAUUUCAAGAAAAAAGAGACUGGAUUCAGAAGGUGAAGUCUCAUAUUUGUCCGAGGAUCUGUCAGAAAAUUGAAGAGAGGAAAAAACAGGUAGCUCAGUUUGAUGCACUUGUGUCUACAAGAGAGGUGUAUGAGGUGACUGGUAUAGUAGGAACUUUUGCUGUUAAUGCAGUUCAAAGGUCUUGCACAUGUAAUGAGUGGGAUAUGACAGGAAUUCCAUGUGUCCAUGCAUGUGCUGGACUUGUGCAAGACAACAAAGAUCCAUAUGCAUAUGUUGAUAAUUGCUACUCAGUAGAAACAUAUGUAAAGGCAUAUGCUGGUGUUAUUAUGCCUAUGCCAGACCAAACAAAUUGGGUGAAUGCUAGCAGUGAUACAUUACUCCCACCUCGUAAGAAGAUAGCUCCAGGCAGGCCUAAGAAAGUUAGAAAAAAGGCUCUAUUGGAGGACUUACAUGUUGGAAAACUAUCUAAAGUAGGGCUGCCAAUUCACUGCAGUCACUGUGGUCAUACUGACCACAAUGCCAGAAGUUGCAAGGUCACUGGUUGUUCAUUUGUGAGGCAAAGAAAAUCAGUGACUGCACAGGGCCUACUAAACGAGGGAGAGGAGCUGGUAGAGGCCACUCUACAAAUGCUGAUGCUGAUGUUGAGAGAAAUACUGAUGCUGAUGUUGUGCAAAAUGCUGAUGUGA